UACCGAACUAAUUUCCACCUCAUCUCAUCUCAUCCAUCUCCAUCUCCAAUAUACGCCACCAUCACCACCGAGAUGCCCAUCCCUUACUUCAUCGUCGACGUUUUCACAUCCACCCCCUACAAAGGGAACCCCCUAGCCGUAGUCCCAGCUCUCGACACCCCUCUCUCCACCACUGAAAUGAAGAUCCUCGCUCGCCAAUUCAACCUCUCAGAAACAACCUUCAUCUGCCCCCCGACAGUCUCCAACGCCACCUAUCGUCUGCGAUCUUUCCUUCCAAAUGGCGAGGAGGUCUUCGGCGCAGGACACAAUGCCCUCGGGGCUUGGUGGUAUAUCGCUCGCUCGGGGCUAUUAGGGGGCGAUGCGGACGGCCAGACGGGUGUUUAUCAUCAGCAGUUAGGAGAUGACCUUUUCCCAGUUGAGAUUGUAGCUUCGGGAUCUCAGAUUUCCGAGGACCUGGAGAUCGAUGCCAGUAUGAAGAAUGCAGGGAAGAAAAUCGAAAUCUCAAUGCGUCAAGCUAAACCGCAAUUCUUAGCUCGACAUCCUGACCCCGCUGCCCUCAGUGCCGCGCUGGGUCUUGACCCGUCAGAGAUCGGAUUCCAUGCUCCUGGUGCGGAGUCUCCUUCUGGCUCUGGCUCUGGACCUUUCGUCUGCGAAGCCCGCGUCGUAGCGACCUCUCCGGCUCGCCAUCUUCUUGUCCCGGUGCGCGACGUUCAUGUUCUUCGCCGCGUGCGGUUCUCAAGUGAGGCGGUGGCGACGGAGCUGGAGAAGACGCAGAGUUAUAAUAGUGGUGUUUAUGUAUUUGCGCCACUUCUUACUUCUGCCUCUGUGGAUAAAGAUGAGAAGAACGAGUCGGAUGUUGUGCCGCGCUUCCAGGCUCGGUUUUUCAGUCCAGGUAUGGGCGUCGAGGAUCCGGCGACGGGGUCGGCUGCGGGGCCGUUGGGGGUGUAUGUCUGGGAGAAUGGAGUGGUUAGUUCAGGGUAUAGCAGGGAGCAUGGAAAGGAGAUACAUGUUGAAAUUGUGCAAGGACGGCAGAGAGGGAGAGAGAGUGUUAUUAGGGUUGGAUUGGAGUUGGAGGAGAGGGGGGCGGUUGGGGUGGUCAUUCGAGGGACCGGGGCUUUGGUCGCGAAAGGGGAGAUGGUUGUUCCUGGCGAGGAGAUUGAGUUUUGAUAUAUUUCUUGCUGGUUAUGUGUAUAGUUAUGUGUAG